ACCAACACCAGCCAUUCCGCAAAACCCUCAUUUCACUCCAACCAUCUAAAUUUGGCACUCUCGCAGGAGUACGCCUUACAUACCUAUCACUUAUAGUAUUCCGCAACAUGGGCACUAGGGCGAUUUUUGCUUUCGUGGUGAUGGCUGCCAUUCUCCAAGGCAGUGCGUUUGCUGCCAGUGGAAAGCCCAGGCGUGAGCUUCUCACGCAUCGUGUGCAAGCUGUGAAGCCAACUAUUGGCAGCGGUUGGAGAGCACGGGUGAACAGCAGGAUUGCUAGCGCCUCCAUUUCCACUGCUUCUAGCAGCACUACUGCUACUACUGGUGCCAGUGGUAGCAGCAUCAGCACUGGAAGCGAUGCAGCUACUGUAACCGAAGCGGCAGCAACGUCGUCCAACACUGCAACUGCAAGGGUUGCCGCAGCAGGUGUAGGGAAUUCAUCGCUGGGAGCGCAUCCCGCAGCAGUCAGUGCAACGCUGGGGACGACCACAGUGGGCACUAGUGCCACUUGUGACGCGUCAUCGCUCGCUGACUAUGCCUCUUCAACGCAGCUGUCCUCCGA